UUAUACAAAUGGAAUAAAAUAUAAAUGGAUAUAAAAUAUAAAAAUGAUCAGUUAUUAUCUGUCUAUAUUUGGAACUCAGUCUCAGAAUGUUCGAGUUACCUAUCUAUAGUUUUUCUUUCAAGCAAUCGAGGUGUUUGCCAGGGAAUGCCAUAUUUUAUUUUGACUUAUCAAAGUUUCCGAUUUUCCGACUUAUCGAGAUUAGUGGUAUUAUGAUGAUCAGUGCAAUAUUUCAGCUUGGACUUGGAAUAAUAAUAUUCAACAGAAUAACCGAUCAAGAAACUAUGGUAAAAAAAGAAAUGAAAUCGAGUUUUUUAAGUUACGACAUUCAAUCAGAUGUCACACAACGUUGGAAUUCAUUUCAGUCUGAAUUUUCAUGUUGCGGAUUAUAUGGUGAAAAUAGUUAUAAAGCAAAACAAUUACCAAUACCAGUAUCAUGUUUUAAAAAUCAGUGGACCCUUAAACAAUAUGCUGAAAUAAAUAAUUGUCAUAUGGGUUGUUUUGAAUUAGUGAAAAAACUCGAAGAAAAAUUUUUGAAUCCAGUCAUCGUUUUAACAUUUUUUUGUUCAUUUCUACAAAUGUCAAAUGCUAUUUUGAUUUUGAAUUUGUUGAGACCUAAACCAAAACCAAGAAGAUACAACAUUGCUUAUAGAAGAACUUAUAACACAUCUUAGCAAAUGAAAAUAUAAAUAUAAAUAAAAUAUAAAUAAA